AUGGAGUUCAGGAGUUCUGCUGGCGAAGAGCAGCCCGCUGGCCUCGGGGCCCUCACGUAUGCUCGCGUGAUACAACGCUCUGACGGCGACAGCAGUGUACUCGCGGACGACGCGCUACUGCAAGCUCCAGGCGCCGCCGGCGCCGGCGGGGCAGCGGACGAGCAGCAGCAGCAGCAGGAUGAGGCACGGAGCGUGCGGUGCGAGUGCUGCGGGGUGGCAGAGGACUGCACCCCGACGUACAUCGGCCGCGUGCGGGAGCGGUUCGACGGCCGGUGGGUCUGCGGCAUAUGCGCGGAGGCGGUGAGCGAGCUGCGCAGGCGCGACCCGGCGCUGGCGGUGCGCGAGGCCGUGGCGUCCCACGCGGCGCUGUGCGCCGAGUUCAACGCCACCGUGCGCGCCAACCCGGCGCUCUGCCUCGCGCGUUGCAUGCGCAACAUCGUCAGGAUCAGGAUCAGCUGCCGCAGCCGGAGCGGGGACGACUCCUCGCCGUCGCCCGCUCCAGACGGUGGCGCCAUGAUCGGUCGUAGGACCCAGAGCUGCGCGCUGCCGUAUGUUUGAUCGCAUCGCGGCCCACGUACCGGAAUGAAUUACUUCUGUGACGGACCAACUAUAUAUUGCCAAUGAUCGAGCGCGCCAGAAAGUGUUCUCUGAUGGGUGAUUGUAGUUACCAAACAAUCUACACCGAUCGACGUGAACUUAAGUUGUCUUCGCCUUCUGUUCUACCCAUAUAUCUCAGGGUUAGAGUAUUAGACCACUGUAUCGCUUUCAGGUUAACACGUAUAUUUUCUAUGAUCGUGUAAGGUUACCGGCGGAUUGUG